AUGGUGCAACAAACAGAUGACCCAGCAAUUUCCCUCAAAUCCGACCGAAGACGAUCUAGUUCCGGUUUGACAUCAUUUGAGUACAGCGGAUUGAUCAUCAGUCCGGAUCGAGUACAACAUGGAAAAUUGAAGAAUGUCAAAGUGACUUUUACAAUCACUAAUACGGGCCAGCGUGAUGGAGACGAGAUUGCUGAAUUAUACAUUUCAUGGCAAAAUGCGACAGCUGACACUCCUAUCCAAAAGUUGGUGGGAUUUCAGAGGUACGGAAUAAAGAGUGGCGCUUCCGUUACCGGACAUUUCACAAUAUAUCCUCAUCAGAUGGCGCUUUAUGUGAAAGGAAAGGGACGGAUAGUAAAACCAGGGGCAAUUGUCGUUUAUGUCGGAGACCAGCUACCUCAAAAGCAGGGCGGAUCUAAAGUCAUCAAUGGAACUUUUGUCAUUUAUAAUGGAGAUACGAGUAACUCCGGAUAUCGGUUAUUUCCAGACAAAAUAUGGAUUGCUCAACUUUUAAUCUUUAUUUAUGCAUAUGUAACUCUCUGUAAUUAA